AUGGAGGCGAGAAGGCAGGGCGUGCGGCGCAGAGAGGAGGCGUGUCGCACUCGGAGCCGCAGGGUAGCAACAAUCAGCGCACACCACACAGCUGUGCGCAAUCCCGUCAUCUGCUCCUCCAGCAUAAACAGGGGGAAGGAGGAACAGAGAGGGGAGAGUAGGAGAAGGAACCCACUGGAGGAGACCGACCACAACAACGAAGAAGCGAUCAGACCGAGAGACGAUGCGACCCCGCAACAGACGCAAACCCUGGACCCCGCAAGGAAGCCCGUCACAGUGGCGCCAACGUGGAAGAGACGACCGGAAGCGGAAGGCGAUGACGUCAUCUGGGCUUUGGUCGCGAGCUACAAAACCCUGCUCAAGGAACAGCGUCAGGAGACCCAAAGGCUGCAGGCGCUGAUGAACCAGGUGGGAGGAAACGGCGAGGAUAUUCCCGAGGGGAAAGCCGAGGAAAACGCCAGUGGGAACACAGCAGAGAACCUCCACAUGGGGAGCGGAGCUGUGCAGGCGGCAGUGGCAGCAUCGGCAGUGGCAGCAGCAGGCCACCAGAGCGAGCUGUUGGCCAAGGAGAGGGAGGACGAGUUCGCCUGUCUAAAUGGUGAUGACAUUGAUGAAGACUGCUGUACAGAGGAGGCGCCCUGUGCUGGAGACACAUAUGCACGACCAGUGGAGCGGGCAGCUGGAAAAGUUGAAGAGGAAGAAGAUGAAUUAAAUGAAGAAAAUGAUGAAGAGGAAGAAGUUGAAGAUGAAGAAGGUGAAGAUGAAGAGGAAGUUGAAAAAUUUCAAGAAAAAGAGGAAGUCAAGGUGGAAAAAAAUUAA